AUGCUUUACACCACCAUCCUCGCUUUCGCCGUCGCUGCCUUCGCUGCUCCUCUCGAGGACAAGCGCCAGGUCGGUCUCUGCGCAUCCGGCUCCCCAGUGUGCUGUGCCACUGAUGUGCUCAACCUCGCCAACCUCGACUGCGCUCCUCCCACCACCACCCCUGCCGAUGUCAACACCUUCAUCGACGUCUGCGCCACUGGCGGACAGCAGGCCAAGUGCUGCUUGAUCCCCAUCUUGGGCCAGGCCCUCCUCUGCAGCGACGUUAACCCCACCGCCGCUGCCCCAGCCACUCCCUCUGCUUAA